AGCUGUAUUUAUGCUGAAAAACGGAUCAGUAAGAUGUCGCUAACAACUUCAAACGAAACUUUGACAUUGAGAGAAACUCAUAUCCGUUCUCUAGAAAAGCUAUUGAAUUUAAAUCAAGAUGUUGAUGAAUUAGAAAAGGACCCUAAUUAUAAAUCGGAGUUUCCGAUUUGGAAAGUUUUGAUUUUUGAUAAGUCUGGUUCAGACACCAUAUCUUCUGUAAUGCGCAUUUCUGAGUUGAGGAAGCACGGUGUCACCGUCCACAUGAAUAUUACUUCUUCUCGUCAACCUAUAGCUGACGUUCCUGCAAUUUACUUCGUUCAACCUACGGAAGAAAAUAUUGAGUAUAUCAUUAAUGACCUCUCAAAAGGCUUGUACGAAUCUGCUUACGUCUGUUUCUCUUCCAGCAUCCCAAGAAGUCUUUUAGAAAAAUUUGCAGAACUUGCCUCGAAAUCGAAUACAAGCCAUAUGAUCAAUCAAGUUUACGAUCAAUACCUAAACUACGUAGUAUUAGAAUCUGACUUCUUCUCACUCCAGCUCCCAAGGGUCUUUCAUACAAUCCACAGUCCUUCUUCCGAUGAUGCACUGAUUGAAAACACAAUUCAAAGUACAACGAAUAGACUUUUUUCCGUUAUUGUCACUCUCGGGACAAUCCCUAUUAUUCGUUGCCCCCAAGGGUCUGCUGCUGAGUUGGUUGCUAGAAAACUGAAUCAGCGUCUAAAAGAUCACUUAAUGAAUACAAAGGAUGCGUUUAAUACUUUAAAUCCAAAAAUCCGUCCUUUGCUUAUAUUGUUAGACAGGACUGUUGACCUCGUUCCCAUGAUUAAUCAUUCUUGGACAUAUCAAGCAUUGAUCCAUGACACUUUGAAUAUGCACCUCAAUAGAGUAACCAUGGAAACUUCUAAUGAGGGAAAAACCUCUAAGCAAUCCUAUGACUUAAAUGGGAGCGAUUAUUUUUGGGAAGCGAAUGCCAAUAAACCAUUUCCAGAGGUAGCUGAGAAUAUCGACGAAGAAUUAACCCGUUAUAAGAAUGAUGCAAAUGAAAUAACAAGACGUUCUGGUGCUUCUUCGUUAGAGGAAUUUAAUGCCGAUGCAUUUACUGAUUCUGCUUAUUUGAAGACCGCGGUUAGCCUUCUCCCAGAACUUACGGCUCGUAAACAGCUUUUGGAUAUGCAUAUGAGUAUUGCGACAGCAAUUUUGAAAGCCAUAAAAGAGCGACACCUUGAUGAUUUUUUCCAAAUGGAAGACAACAUUACAGGACUAAAUAAAAGUGCUAUUCUUUCUUGCUUAAAUGAUAAAGACAAAGGCACACCGGAAGACAAGCUUCGAUUUUUUAUUAUUUGGUACUUGAGUGUUGACGCAGUUCCCAGUACCGACUUGCAAGCAUAUGAAGAGGCAUUGGUGAAUAAUGGCUGUAAUUUAGAAGCUCUUAAUUUUGUCAAAAGGGUCCGUGAAAUUACUAAAAUGACCAUGCUGGCUUCUUCCACGACGCGCCCAGUCGCUAAUCAAUCCGGUGAUAAUAUCUUUGGUGGAUUUUCGAGUCUUUCCAGUAAAUUUACCGAUCGAUUUAAGGAGGCUGGGAUUGGCGGUCUAGAAAACAUAAUUUCCGGUGUUAAAAAUUUAAUCCCCUUUAGAAAAGAUGGGACCAUAAGUUCCAUCGUUCAAAGCCUAAUGGAUCCCGGAUCUUCUUCCGUGUCCAAGCAGACAGAGUCUUAUCUAAUAUUUGACCCUAAAGCUUCCUAUGCUUCUAAUGAUCCCAGAAAUAUGAACAAACGCCAGAUAUUUAAUGAAGCUAUUGUGUGUGUUUUGGGUGGUGGUAAUUACUUAGAAUACGGAAAUUUGAUGGCCUGGGCAAAAGAACAAAAUCCACCCAAGCAUAUAACCUACGGCAGUACCGACGUUCAGUCACCUAGUCAGUUUAUGAACGAAAUGGCAUCUCUAUCAUGAGUUUAAAAAUGGCAUAUGAUAACCCUUUAGAUAUGAAAAUAAUAAAAUCUACGAACUAACCCA